AUGUCCUCUCUUUCAGACUCAGACCUGUCAUCGCUAUCGUCAGCGCCUCCUACUGACGAUGAAAAUGCCCCUAUGGCCGUCGAUGAGCCUGUUGGCAUCACCAAGUACUUCAAGAAGGAAUCCGAAACUCCGCCGCCGAAACGGGAACCCUCACCACCGCACGAAUAUGUGCUCGCAGACAAUCCGGACAUUGCUUUCAUAGUGAUGUUUCGCGCGCGUUUCCACGAAGUGUUUCCCCGAUCGACGCCUCACUGCGGCCCGCAAGAUAUUGAGCGAGGAGCUGUGGAAUCACCACCAGGAGAUUAUAUUGAGAGAUUGUUAUGUGCAUUGUUGGGCUUGGUAUUGAACAGAAAGAAGGAUGUUGAGCGAAAUCACUACCAACGCCCUCUGGAAGAAGCAGUUCAAACACAUGCGUCUCAAUGGCCCAAGGCUUGGCAAGGCAAGAACCCCCUUCAUGGAGGACGCAACUUUGCGUCUAUGGAACCGAACGAACGGUUGCUACUGCUUAAAUCGUUGAUCCUCUGGGCUCUUUCCUCCUCUGAAGCCGUCCAAGCGAAGAUCAAAGAAUCCUACAAACAAGCGCGCCACGAUGAUGACCUGAAUCAGCCUCUCUCCGUGCAACCCUGGGGCCGCGAUGGCCUUAAGCGUCGAUACUGGCUUAUCGAAGGCAUGGACGAUACACACUUUAGGUUAUACCGGGAGGGUAACCCUGCGCUGAAGAACGUUACUUGGUGGAGUGUUGCAGGAAGCAUUCCCGAGCUGCAGGGCUUCGCCGACAAGCUUGGAGAGGACAAGAGUACCCAUUCGAAAAAGCUCAGCGAGAGAAUUAAGAAUUCCAUCCCUCGGUUCGAGGGUUCCGAGGAGAAACGUAAGCGACGCGACUACAGAAUUGCGCGCAAAGCUGCCUUUUCUCGACCGGAACCAGGUUUCUCACUCUACGAGGGUCGUACUCGCGGAAAGAAGCUUAAAUACACAUACUCUGAAGAUGAGGAGAUCUUUUCUGAUGAUCAACCCACAACGCGAAGAUCCACUCGAAACGCCUCCGGUACCGCCACCCCUGCAGAAGCCGCCGGUCCUCGGUUUACAGCAAGCGGGAGGCAAAUUCGAAGUCGUGCUGGGGGUCUGUAUGGUGAAGCCCUGCUCGCUAAUCAACGCGAUGACGCAGCAGAUGAGGAAGACACUGGCAGACCUCAAAGAACCAGGACUACUCGCACAAACGGAUAUGCUGGCUACGACAUAGAUAUCGGCUUUGAAGGAGGACAGUCCAGCGAAAACGAGUGGCAGGGUGGCGACGAUGAAGAAGAAGAGGAUAAUGAUUUUGAAGGCGAUGAUGAGGAGGAAUCGAGCGGAGACGAGUCAGUAGCUAACGGCGAGACCCCAAGUCUCGUGGUGCAGCUUCGGUAUGGGAAGGGCAGAGCCUCGAACGGUUCAGAGGCAGCAGACCACUCCGGUGACCACUCCGGUAAACAGCCUUCUACUUCUACUCAGCAGGAAUCCGGUGUAAACGGAAAUGAACCUACGGAUACGGCACAGGAUACUAAUACCCAGAUGCAACUGGAUGACAUACCAGCGGCAGCGGGACAAUCACUUAAAUCUCAAAAGGAACAACCCAGCGGCUUCAACCAAGGUCCUCAUGUCACAUCCGUUAGUCAACCUGCUGCUGUUGGCUCCGAGACAGGCUAG